GCAGCGGCCUGUUUUCCGGCGGAGGCGAAGAACCACACGAAGUCGGUGAAGUCCGGCCGCGUCGAGCGCAGCCGCCCGAAGGAUUGCAAUGCAGCCCGACCGCGGCGGCCGGCCCCGAAGGGGAGGCGGCCGUUCCAACAGGAGACGGCCGGGCGGCAGGGAGAAGCCGGUGGAGAGCGGCGGAGACGACAGUCGAGGAGGCGGAGGACGCGGCAGGCGGGGCGCCCGCGGCAGGGCAGCCGCUUCCGCUCCCUCCGCGCCUCGCGGCUGUGAGUCGGCUACUGCUGGACUUGACUUACCAGAAAUGGGCAAAGAAGAUUGGGGAAGUUAUUCAAGAAGAAAGCUAGUCUCCAACUGGCACCGUUAUGAAGAAAGUGAGAAAGAAACACAAAAUGACAGUGGUGAAUCUCAGCGUGGGACAGACUUCAGUGUACUGCUUAGCUCAGCAGGCGAUUCCUUUACCCAAUUCAGAUUUACUGAAGAAAAAGAAUGGGUUUCAGAAAACCUUUGCCCAAAGCAGUUGUCAGGAUUGUACGUUGACUGCCAGUCCUUGGUUCAAGCGCUGGAAGAGCUGCCUCUGCACCUCAAACUCAACGUGGCUGCUGAAGUGGUACAGGAUGCAACUCCAGUCACACUUCCCCAGAUUAAGCUGCAAAGUCAUGAUGUGGCCAAGAAGAGUGGCGAUCUAUUACAACAGCAAAAGAGAGUUGGGUCGCACUGUUAUCCCAAGGAAGAUUCUGCUGUUUCCUUGAAUUUGUCAAAUAAAGAUGAAUCUGGAAUUUCUUCAGAGGCUUUUCAGAGAAAUCCUUCAAGUUUACAUCAAGUAAUAGAUCAUUUGGAUGAAGACCUUGAUCUGCUCCUGAAAUUAGAUGUCCCUAUUAAUCCUGAAAACAAUAUUGCUUUGGAAGUGGAGGCAGAUGAGUUCCCAGAUGUGCACUAUUGGAGUUAUUAUUUAACUUAUCUUUCUUUUCUUUUGUCAGAUCACUUAGAACCAGGUAGAACUGAAGAAAUUUGCUCCACAUCUCAACCGCCAGAAGCUGCCUCCAAAAAUAUUACUGAAGAGGAACUUGAGGAUUGGUUAGAUACUAUGAUCUCCUAAAAGCUACACUUUGUUUAUCAUACAAGUAUGUGGAAAAUAAUUUACUAUGACAAUUCUUAAUUGUAAAAAAUGUUUACAAAUAUUUAAUCUGGUGACUGGCUGAACCUGAAGCUUAAAAAUGCUAUUUGUGUAUUUUCCGUGUUCUGGAUUUCAUAAAGAAAUUUAACAAUAUUAAUUUGAAGUUGUAAAUGUAUAAAAGCCUAUUUAGAGUCUGUGAAAUAAAAUAAAUUACAUUUGCAAGUACAA